ACCUCUAUCGCAUACGCGGCUCCCCAUUCAGUCAUCGUCGCGAGUGGCAAGCCGCUCGGCUUGUCGUUAGGUACAGUACUCUCAGGCCUUCAGCUAUAAUCGCCUGCAUCUGUGCGACAGUUGCAAGCCAUGUCGGGAAGCGGGAGGAAAGAAGCGCGCCGAUGGGCCGUAGACCUAGCGGAUGCUGCGUCGGGAAUCUCGAGGGAUGUUCCCGAUCCGCCUGGCUUCAACCGAAACGCCGCUGAGCUGGUGUCCAGUGGCAGCGGCUCAAAGGCGCUGGCACAAAAAGACAAGGCUCUUGAUCCGGCAAAGAAGCAGGAGCGUGCGUGGGCCCUAGCCCAAUCGCCCACCAAGAACCUGCUUAUGAUGGGGUUCAUGCUGUGGAUGGCAGGCAGCUCGGUGCACAUCUUCAGCAUCGGCAUCACCUUCUCCAUCCUCUGGCAGCCCAUCAGUGCGCUGAGAACCAUCAACGCCGCCUUUGAUCCGUUGAAGGACCCCAAGGUGGAUCUGGUGCUCCCCAAGCUCAUGUAUGCCGCAGUCAACCUCUUCCUGCUCACCAUUGGCCUCUGGAAGCUGAAUGGCUUGGGCUUGCUUCCAACACGGCCGGCGGAUUGGAUCUCCUCACUUCCACCCAGAACGGUGCCGGAAUUCUCAGCUGGUGGAAUAUCAUUAUAGUAUGUUGGACGUCUGUAGGAAAAAAUGUAAAAAUUAUGCAGGUAGGUAACGUUAAAUAUCGUUAUGCUUGUGCAUGUGUGGAACUUUCCCGUACUGGCUUCCUGAUUCUGAAGCUAUGUUUCAUGAUUUUGAGAGGUUUUACUUUUCUAGCUGGCCAAUAA